GGAACUGUUCAUUCACAUAAACUAGAGACAGAAAGCUGCUCUGUUCUUCUGUUGCUGUUUGCCUCUCUGCUAAUAUUAACAUUAGCCAUAACUGGCUCUAGUUUAAUGUUUUAACGGCGACCUGUCUGUGUCUCAGUAACAGAUCAGAGCCAGCCUUUAUUGAGGUCAAUACAAUGAGGCUGGUCAUUCUGGACGACUAUGAGCUGGCCAGCGAGUGGGCAGCAAAAUACAUCCGCAACAGAAUCAUCCAGUUCAAACCCUGCGCUGACAGAUACUUCACUCUGGGUCUGCCUACAGGAAGCACUCCCUAUGGCUGUUACCAGAAGCUGAUUGAAUACUACAGAAGUGGAGAUAUUUCAUUCAAAUAUGUGAAGACCUUCAACAUGGAUGAAUAUGUAGGUCUACCUCGCGCUCAUCCAGAGAGCUACCACUCCUACAUGUGGAACAAUUUCUUUAAACACAUUGACAUUGAUCCAGCCAACGCUCACAUCCUCAAUGGAAACGCAGAGGACCUGGAGGCCGAGUGUCAGGCCUACGAGCAGAAGAUCUCAGAGGCUGGAGGAAUCCAGUUGUUCGUAGGAGGUAUUGGCCCUGAUGGUCACAUAGCGUUCAAUGAGCCAGGGUCCAGCCUCGUUUCCAGGACCAGAGUGAAAACCCUCGCCAAGGACACCAUUGUGGCCAACGCUCGUUUCUUUGGUAACGACCUCUCCAAGGUUCCCACCAUGGCUCUCACUGUGGGCGUAGGAACUGUCAUGGACGCCAAGGAGGUGAUGAUUCUGAUCACAGGAGCACACAAAGCCUUUGCUCUGUAUAAAGCCAUAGAGGAGGGAGUGAACCACAUGUGGACGGUGUCAGCGUUCCAGCAGCACCCGCGCACCAUCUUCGUCUGUGAUGAAGACGCCACGCUGGAGCUACGAGUCAAAACAGUCAAAUACUUCCAAGGUUUAAUGCAUGUUCAUAACAAGCUGGUGGACCCAGUGCUCAGCAUAAAGGAGCAGUGAGACAAAGGAAGAGCUGAAGAUGAGAUGGUCAAAUAUCCAACAGAACGCUGGAACUGUUGUGUAGCUGAAGAACUGCUGAGCCGGAGCUCAUCAGGGCUGACUGUCCGGACCUCUACAUAUUGGUCAUGCAUACACUUUGCCUUGGAUAAUAUUACAGAUAAUUGAUGAGGGGUAAAUAAUAUAAGGAGAUAUUCCUUCUGAGGUUCUUUUUUCGCUGUUUGACUUUGACGGCUAGCUUUAAAGUCACAACAGGCGUUCGUUUUGUUAGGUGUAGGUAUCUAUGAAUGAAAUGUUACAUUAUAUAUUUGAUAUUGUGUCUUUGUUACCUCUGUUUUUUCAUCAAGGUUUCAUCCCCCAGUUAGUGACUGAGGAAGCAAAUACUGCGUAUAUACAUUUAUAAUGAGAUGUUUUCAAAAGUGACCUUUGACUCUUGUCGGACCGUUGCUCUUAUAUAGUUUUUGCGUUUAUGUAUCCAGGGAAUGUAAACUGUGAGCUUCUGUCAGCAGCUCCUUGUUUCUCCGUCAUUGACAGUCACAUGAGUAGCUGUCCAGCACAACCAACAGUCCUCCACCGCUCCACCAGUCACACCCCGAAAUGUUACUUCAGACUUCAAAAUCCUACACCUGUCAACUCUCCAUCCACUUAUUAGCUUUUCAGGGCUUUUAAAUGAAUGAAUGGUGUUUACUCACAUUACGUGAAGUAUGAAACUCCACUGAAUCCUGGUCCAUGACCUUUGACCUCCUCCAGUGGAUGCACAAAAAAUGCAAAAAAGGUGUGUUUAAAAACAGUAAAUCUGAGGGAAAUGAUCUUGCUGCAUGGACAGAUAAUUUCACUUGACAAGAUUUCUUAAAUUAAGAUUAUUAAAUCUAGAUAUAAGCAUGUUGAACACUGAGCCUAUUUGCCCUUUUUAUACCACAUAAUAUUUACUAUACCCAUGUUUGGUAUUUGGUAUUUUCUCAGCACAACUUCAACAUGAUCUGACUAUUAUUCUUUCACUUUAACCCACUUUAUUAACACAUUGAGCCCAAAAAUUCACAAAAAAUCAUGAAAUCUGUAAUAUAAUUAUACUAUUUAUGACAAUAAAAACCACAAAUAUGCUCAAUGAACUGUUUAAAACCUGAAAAAUGUAAGCAUAGGUUAAAAAAAAAAAAGAAAAAAAGAAAUUCAAAUAUAAUAAAACUAAACUGUACUAUCAAAUGAAAUCGAUCAUACCUUUGGUUUUAAGUGACCUCGGAACGUCAAACAAAAAACUGGAGAAAGUUUCAAGUCUGAACUUUGGAGUGAAGUGGACAGCAGCGCUCCACAUGACCUCAUUUUUUUGUUACGUUAUCAUAGACCCCAGAGGAUUAAAUAAGAAAUUAACUCUUAAAACCAGAUAAAUGAUCUAACAUUUCUAAAUCUAAAGUUUUUUUUAUCUUGGUAAGAAACAAAUAAUCAUCAGGUCACUCUGCUCGGGCCAGUUCAUCACUGCUGGCAGCUUUCAUUUAUCUUGUUUUAAGAGUUAAUUUCUUACUUUAAGCAUUCAACAUGCUUAUUUCUAGAUUUAAUAAUCUUAAUUUAAGAAAUCUUGUCAAGUGAAAUUAUCUGUCCAUGCAGCAAGAUCAUUUCCCUCAGAUUUACUGUUUUUAAUCUUGUUUUUAGACUAAACACCUUUUUUUCUGGUUUAUUUGAGUUUCUGUUCUGGAAAUGAUUUUGUCAAAUACUGAUCCCACCAUCGCAAAUGACAUUUAAUGCUCAAAACACCCUGUUUAGUUUUCCUGCAUUGUGUUGAUUUGCAAUCAUCACAAGGUUUUUAUAACUUUUAUUGUGUAUAUUUUCUUUUCCCCAAAAGGAAUCAAAGGAAUGGUGGUUCCAGCAGGAGAUGACAGUGAAUGGUUAACUACUGUCAGUACUGUUGUAUAUCACAGUGUAAUGUAGGCUUUGAUCCAUGAUGCAUCAAUUCACUUCACUUAGAGUAGAGCGAGUGUCAUUUUGCAGGCUUUUUAUAUUUCCAGUGCAGUGCCAUGAUUAAUUUCUCUCCUCAGUGUUUGUUUUCAACAUUCUUUGUGGUUCUCUUCUACUGUAAAGUCACUCCUCCUGUUCAUCAGGCUGGUAGUGAUAGGACUUCUCUGUGCACAUAGAUUGUUUUAAACUCUUUAUUUUCUGAUGUCAAUAAAAACUUUGCUAAGA